AUGUCUUCAACACAAGGUGAGGUGGAGACUCUUCGCAGACGAGAUGAGAAGGCGGGUCUACCUUAUUAUCAGUCCACUCCGACAACUUCAGACUGCGGUAGAUCAACUAGUCUCAGGCGACUGGCUGCUGUUGUAGCCAGUAUUGCAAUCACUGGUUUUGUGCUGAUUCAGUGGCUCGGGACUGUGAGCACUUCGUAUCGACCGCCGACGGCUGGAUUCGAUGGAGCGAGGUCAACGGGUAGAGAAGAUGGUGGUCUCUUCUUACUUGGUGCAGGAAAGGCUGAUAUAACUGGGCCGGUGGUGGAGAUCGAGAUGAAUGGUUAUGCUAGUAUCGACCAGCGGGGAACCGGUCUUCGCCAGAGAAUCUAUUCCCGAGCAUUCAUUAUCGCGGAUCCAGGGAAUACCGACAACACCUUUGUCUAUAUCGUUCUCGAUGCACAAUCCGGGGACACUGCCGUACGACAUGGAGUCCUGCAAGGUCUUGCUGCGUGGGGAGGGGAAUAUACCCGCUACGGAGAACAUAAUUUUGCGUUAACUGGAACCCAUUCGCAUUCGGGGCCCGGGGCGUGGAUGAACUAUCUGCUGCCUCAGAUUCCAAGCUUGGGCUUCAAUAAACAAAGCUACCAAGCCAUAGUUGAUGGCGCUCUUCUGUCUAUCAAACGCGCUCACGAAAGUCUGACACUCGGCCGCCUAGCAUUCGGCUCAAUCGAUCUGGAGGGUGCCAAUGUCAACCGGAGCCCGUAUGCAUAUGCUCAGAACCCGAAAGAAGAGAGGGCGAGGUAUUCCACCGACGUGGAUAAGACAUUGACCAUGCUGAGAUUCGACCGUGCGUCAGACAAUCGGACAGUCGCCGUCUUGAAUUUCUUUCCAGUUCACGGGACGUCAUUGUACAAUAAUAACACCUUGAUCACCGGAGACAACAAAGGGGUUGCUGCGUGGCUCUUGGAGAGAAGUGUCCGAAAGGAUGCCAGAUUUGCAGACGGCUUUGUGGCAGGCUUCUCUCAGUCCAAUGUAGGUGACACCUCUCCAAAUGUGUUGGGUGCCUGGUGCGAGGACGGUUCUGGAGAACAAUGCCGCUACGAGGACAGUACGUGCGGCGGCAGAAAUGAGCCCUGUCACGGACGUGGCCCUUUCUUCGCGCAGAACGAUGAGGGAGCCAAGAGUGCCUUUGAGGUCGGUCGACUGCAGUAUGACGCAGCGAAGACCCUGUAUGAACGGAUGGAACGGACUUCUGACCAGAUUCUUGGUGAUUCCAACGUCGCCUCGUUCCAUGUCUAUCAGAACCUGGCCAAUUAUACCUUUUUCUCCCCGUUCAACUCCAGCGCCACACUAAGGACCUGCUCGGCUGCCCUGGGAUUUUCUUUUGCCGCCGGCACCAGUGACGGGCCUGGCGCCUUUGACUUCACACAGAACGGAACUGGGCCGGCCGAGUCCAAUCCGCUCUGGGGUAUAGCGAGGGCUUUUGUGCACGCACCGUCAGUCGAGCAGCAGGCGUGUCAAUUACCAAAGGACAUUCUUUUGGAUGUGGGAAGCGUCACCAAGCCGUACCAAUGGACACCGAACAUCGUCGAUAUCCAGGUCUUUCGUGUCGGCCAGCUGCUCAUAGUGGUCUCUGCCAGCGAAGCCACCACGAUGGCCGGCCGCCGAUGGAAGCAUGCUCUUGCCACUGCUUCAAUGAAAGUCCUCUCUAUCCCAGAUCCUCUUGUGGUGUUGGGGGCACCAGCAAACUCAUACGCCCAUUAUGUGACAACAGAGGAAGAAUACAGCGUGCAACGCUACGAAGGCGCUUCCACGCUCUACGGACCAAACACGCUAGCAGCGUAUGUGAACCUGAGUCUGACAUAUCUGCCAUAUCUUGCCGACCAAUCGACUGUUGCUCGUCUCCCUGCCAUCCCCUCUGGUCCAAGUCCACCAGUCAAUACAAAUGUGUCCUUGAGCUUCAUAUCCGAUGUUGUCUAUGAUGCCGCCCCCAUCGGAAGGACAUUUGGGCAGGUUGUCUCCUCACCGUCGUCAACGACUCUCUACCGGCCUGGUGACAUCGUCAAGGCCACCUUCAUCGGGGCCAAUCCGCGCAACAACCUUCGCCUCGAAAAUACGUUUGCCGCCGUCGAAAGACUAAACACUCUCUCUGGGAAGUGGGAGACUGUUCGCACCGAUGCCGACUGGAACCUGAUUUACCGCUGGGAAAGGACGAAUACUGUUCUAGGACACAGCGAGGUCGUCAUCCAGUGGCAGAUCGAAGAUGACUAUUAUAGUACAGGAGACCCGGCCCCGCUUCAGGAUGGGACCUACCGGAUCCAUUAUUAUGGAGAUGCGAAGAGCAUCUUUGGAACCAUCUUCCCAUUUGAGGGUAUUGGCGGUAAUUUCACUGCUUCGACGAGCUCGUGA